GUUGCUUGUUGUUCACACACGACACACCACUACACCAGUAAGUUAGUAAGUUACCUAUUAUACUUCAGUGUUUAGUGGCAGUUCAUAUAUUAUACAUUUUUGAUUUUUGGAAUAUUAUUGAAAAUAAUAAGAGUUAAUAUACCUAUUGUGACUUAAUUUAAUAAAUAUUAUUAUUUAGUUAAUACCUAAUCGUGUACAAUUACGAUUAUGUCGCGGCAAAUUACGUCUCCACGAGUUAGUCGUCGUAAUAAAAGGAAACUGCAAAUUGACUAUUUGGAUGAAACAUCAUUAGAGCGUGAUGUAGAUUUGUGUGAAGAUUUAUCUAUCGACGUGACUAAUGAUUCCCAAACAUCGUUGGAAGGUCACAGAGACCUGUUUGGUGAGCUGAUACCCGAAGAGUGUGUUAGUGACAAAGUGGUUAAAAACAAAUCAAUAAGGAAGACACCAGGCUCAAAAAAAAAGAAAUUUCCUCACGAAGAAUUAUUAUUUGACACUCCGACAAGACCCAAAAGAGUAUUUAUUCCCACGCCAAAAUUGUUGAAAUCAAUGUUCGAGGGGCAUAAAGAAUUAUACUCCUUGAUGGGUGCCAGUGCGAGGUCAAGUAAUGUUUCAAUUGCAUCAACCGACAGCCUCAACGUAAGCGGGGUUGAACGCUUACAAGAUAGUCCUGUAACAACCGUAAGAAACGAGUCUAAAAAAAAUAUCAAAGAAAACGAUAAUGAACAGAAAUGGUCCAAAGUUCUUGAAGGUAAAUUGAAAUAUUCUAAAAACUUUGUAUAUGUUAAACUUGUUUUUAUAUUAAUUUUUCAUUUUAAGGAUGAUCUUUACAAACCGAAUGAUAUUGAGAAUAUAUUAUCAGAUCAGCUUUGCAAAGAAUUAAAAAAAGUUGUUAGUCCUGUACCAGAUGAUCAAAUUGAUGAAUUAAAUGUACCAAUACCAAUUAAAAUAUUAAGAAACCAUCUCACACCUGAUGUAAUAGUGAAUACAAUACCGAAAGAUGUUUAUGGUCAAAUAGCUAAAAUUGAAUAUCGAUUUAAUUUUAAUUUUCAAGCCAAGAAAAGAUUUCGUAUGCUAUUAUUUCCUUCUGAUAAGGAUUUAAAUAAUAUUGAUGAAAUCAGUGAUUUGUCAACUCAAACCAAAGACAAUGAUUCUAGAACAAUGUCCAUAAAUUCAAUGACUAUCCGGGAACCAGAAGUAUUUUUAGAUGAUGACUUUAGGGUACAGUCAAUCGCCUGUACAGGGAUAAUAAAAAGUGAAGUGAACAUUCUAAAGACAUGCAUUGAAAAAUUGGGAAAAUUUAUUUUUCACACCAAAGUGAAACGUACUACUACUUAUUUAAUUACCAAAUCAGUAUCUAAUCAAUCAUUAGAUAUUGUAUUUGCGAUGGCUUAUGGCUGUUACAUUGUUUCUGAAGAUUGGGUACUCAAAUCAUACGCAAUUGGAAGAUGGCUAUCUCAUCAAAAAUACAUGAUUCCUGAAUUGUCUGAACCUGUCAAAGAUUUUCAAAUACGACGGCAUAGAGUAUCUGGUUCUAAAUUGAAAUUUAAUAUAUUUGAUAAAGCUGGUCAGAUAUAUGUAUCUAAUAGCUGUGAAUCACCAGCCGAACUCUUGAGACAGUUGGUGCAUGCUUGUGGUGGCCAUUGCACAAGUGAGGAAUCUAAAGCAGAUAUAGUGAUUGGCGCUACAAUACAAUUCAGACAUAAUACUCAUGAAAAAUGGAUUUUUGACUGUAUAACCCAGGGGAUAUUGCUAAAUAAAUAUCAGUAUACCUAUGUUAAUUCUAGUGAAUAAUGAUAUUGUGACCUGUAACCUAAAAUAAUUUUUUUAUAAAUCUAUGUAUAUUAACUUUUUUACAUA